CGAUGUGCGCAUGCGCAUUUGGCAUAUAGCAACCAUCGUCGUCUUGUUCUCGCGCGCUAGAGAUAAAAAAAGUCGAAACAAAUUUCAGCUUUUAACCAUUGUUCGGCACCGAUAUUACUGCAUUUACGUUUGCGGAAGGAAACCUGUAGCUACAAAUAAUAAUGACAACAUACAGGCCUGGAGAUUCAAAGCGGGAGGAGUUCCGAAAGUACCUGGAGAAAGCUGGAGUCUUGGAUGCUCUCACAAAGAUACUGGUAGCCCUGUAUGAAGAGCCAGAGAAACCAAAUGAUGCCCUAGACUUCCUGAAAGCUCACAUGGGUCAGUCAGGACCAGACACGGCUGAUGUAGAAUCUCUAAGACUACAGGUCAGUGAACUGAUGCAGAAGGUGGAACGGCUGCAGGAUGAGAAUAGGGAACUCAAAGCAAAGGUUCAGAUGGAAAAUCCGGAGGUUGAGCCAAGUGCCGAGAACUGAACUGAUGGUGAACCUAUGGGUAGGGGUGUUGGAGUCUGGGUGUGGCUGGGGUGAGGAGGGGGAAGGGGAAAGGUUGGGUUGGGUGGGUGGGUGGGUGUACAUAGGGGAAAGGUGAAGAGUUAUCAUCAUGUUAUGCCUUUUCAGAAGCUGAAUACUGAUGUAUUUUGUGUGUGUGUCUAUUUUAUCAUAUUAUUGAGCCUUUAUUACCCCUGAUCGUUGAUCAUUUUACAAGCAAGAUUGAGGCUUCUCUUUUGAUUACUUUCUAAUAAUCACCAGCAAUAUGACUAGAAUAUCCUUUUUAUCAUCCAAGAUGAU